UUCAUUAGAAUCCAAAGUCAUCUUCGGAUUCAAAAACAAUGAAAUACGCCAGUAUUGAACAAAACAUCAUCACAUUGCCACUGAAUACUAACGCCAUUGCGCCAUAUUCGAUCUAAAAAAUAACGACGAGAAUAAAUAGUAUGCCUAUAUCUCACAUGGUUGAUGAAUGCUUCAGGCUUCCCAUGGGCUCGCACCAGGAACUACUCGUAGCCUGCCAUGAAGUUCUACGUCAAGUAUUGAAAUUAAAGAUGUACGGGCGAAAAAAAUUUGCUGCAAAGACAUUUGGGCAAAAUGAAAACAGCGCCAAAGCCAAAGGGGUUGUUCCUGAUGCAAUUCUCAAACAGGCUCGAAAAUCUGGACAACUAAAUCUAUCGAACCGAGAAUUGAAAACAGUUCCAGAUAAGGUAUGGAAAAUCAACCAAGAGAUUCCUGAAGAAGAAAGAAAUGCAUCACUGGAUUCUGACGAGAAAUGGUGGGAUCAAACAGAGCUAAAUAAAUUGAUUCUUGCUUCGAAUCAAAUCACCAUCAUUUCUCCUGACAUUCAACUCUUGCCUGCUUUGGUUGUACUUGAUCUUCAUGAUAAUGAGAUAUCAAGUUUACCAGAAGCAAUUGGAGAGCUAAAAAACCUGAAAAAACUCAACUUGAGUUACAACAAACUUGAAUGUCUUCCAUGUGAAAUUUGUAAUCUCAAUGCACUGGUGUCACUUUUAAUACAACACAAUCAACUCAAGGAACUUGUGGACAACAUUGGACAAAUGGAUAAGCUGGAAGAGCUGGAUGUUUCAAACAAUUCACUGGAAACUUUGCCAUCAUCAUUGGGAUAUCUGACAAGUUUACGAAAACUGAAUGCAUCUCAAAACUCGUUACGAAAAUUUUCAGCAGGAUUUGCAGGAAUGUCAGCUCUAUGUGAUUUGAAUUUUUCAAACAAUAAGUUAGAAGUUUUACCAGGAGAUAUUGGUGAACUGAGCAAAUUAGAAAGACUUGAUUGUCGUUACAAUCAUUUAACCAGCGUUCCUACUUUGAGAUCCUGCACUGGAAUUAAGGAACUGUAUGUUGGUUACAACCAUAUUUCUAACAUAAAUUCUGACGAAAUUUCAUGUUUAUCAUCUGUGAUGAUUUUGGAUCUUCGAGAUAAUCAGAUAAGUCGUUUACCAAAUGAUAUCACAACUAUGGUAGUUCUCGAAAGACUUGACUUAUCUAACAAUAAUCUUUCUGAACUUCCAUAUCGUAUGGGUAACAUGGAGAAAUUGAAAUCAGUUAUACUGGAAGGAAAUCCUUUACGAAGUAUCCGACGAGAUAUUAUAAUGAAAGGAACUGCGGCAUUGUUAAAACACUUGAAGAAUAAAAUACCAGCGGAUGAGAAUCAGCAAGAACAUACACAGAAUGGAUCUUCGGAGCAAGCCACUCCUGCUGCUGCUACCACCCAUCUGCUCACUACGCACAAAAAACUUGGAUACAGUCAAAAGAAAGCUGUUUCUAUUCCCGAUGAAAUAUGGGAAGUUGCAAACGAGUCUGGUGUAACAAAUGUUGACUUUAGUAAAAAUUUGCUGGAAGAAAUACCACUGAAACUGUGCACGUUUGAAGAAACCUUGACAAGCGUCAACCUUGGAUCAAACCGCCUUACCAAAAUUCCUCCAGAGUUUUGUCUUCUGUCGCGUUUAACUGACCUCGAUAUUCGAAAUAAUAUGAUCUCAUCGCUUCCUGAUGAAUUCAAAUUAUUAACUGGAUUGAGAGAAAUUAUUAUAUCUCACAACAGGUUUACAAGCGUUCCAGAUGUCUUGUAUUCUUUGCCGAAACUUGAAGUCAUUCUUGCUUCAAAUAACCAGAUUACUACAAUUGACGUUGGUGGUCUCUUGAAACUGAAGUUAUUGUCAAGUUUAGAUUUGUCGAACAAUAGCAUCUCCAGCGUUCCUCCUGAGUUAGGAAAUGCCAGUUCUCUAAGGUCUUUGCAGUUGGAAGGAAACAUUUUCAGAAAUCCAAGACCAGCAGUUUUGAACAAGGGAACCGUUGCUUUGCUGGAGUACCUUAAGGAUCGUAUACCAACAUAAAUAUUAUAUUAAAAUUAUAUCAAAUGCUUUUUUCUGUAUAGCAAUGAUGGGUAAAGUUGAGAUAAUCUUCGUAUUAUCCAUGC